CUGGUUCACACCAGUUUUACAUCACAAUUGCGAAAAUGUCAGUUCAGGGAAGUCCUUAUGUUAUACAUCUGGAACAAUCCGUUGCUCCUCCUCCACCUGUUAUCAGUGCCACAAACUAUCAGCCUGCAAAUUAUCCUAAUGAGCAGAUUACGUUUGCAAGAAAAGAAGGAAUCGGUCAAGUUGACAUUGCAAUUGUUUGCGAUACCACUGGAAGCAUGGCGCCCGAAAUCAAGACUGCUCAAAAGCUAAUGCAAGAUCUCAUAGACUCUGUCAGUAGUGAAAGUCUUUGCAGUGAUUUAAGAUUAGCUGUUGUUGUGUACAGAGAUCAUCCACCGCAAGAGAACACCUACGUGACUAGGGUUUGGCAAUUCACUUCAGAUAUUGCUAAGAUCAAAAAUGCUGUCAAUAGUCUUGAAGCCAAAGGAGGUGGUGACACUCCUGAAGCCGUUGCAGACGCAAUAAAAGAAGUCAUCAAUCUCAACUGGGAUGAAGAUCAGAGGCCCCACACUGUUCGAAUGGCCGUGUUGAUAGGAGACUCUCCUCCACAUGGAACGCCUGGCCUUACAUACGACGACGAGUUCCCGAAUGGUUGCCCAGCUGGUCAUGAUUGUAACGUUUUAGCGGACCAAUGCCGCUUGAAGAAGAUCAACAUCUACACAGUUUUGUGCAGAGAUGAUCCGUUUACUUCGCAAGCCUUCAGUUCUAUAGCACAAUCCUCGGGCGGAAAAUGCACAAAAAUUCAAUCUGCAAGUAGCAACCCUGAAAUCAUAGAAUUGAUUAAACUACACGUUCAUGUUCAGCUGGACCGUCAGCUCAGGAACGUUGCAGUAUCGGACGUUAUUGUCAAAAACCCAUUGACGGAACCUACGCUUGCACAGCGUCUUGUACGCGUCAAAGAUGAACUGUUUUCUCAAGGCGUUACCGUUCGAAAAUUGGAAUUCGAAACUGGACGAGGUGUGGCUACUAUUCUUAUGAGGUCAAUCUGUGACGACGACAUUUACGAGGCGUUCGAAGACUUGAAAUCAGAUGAGCGUCUUGCUAAUACCAAACGAGAUCCAACUCUGACGGACCUUUUGGGAAAAGUUCUUUAUGCUUUGGAAAAAAUACAACGAAAUCUUUCUUCCGGUGCUGAAACUUAAUCAAAUUUGAUUGUUGCAUGACACGCAUGCAAUUGUUGUUGGUGUUUGCUGAAGUUGUCAGUGGCUAAGUAGUAACUAGCUAGGGUUCGAGACGUUAAUUGUUUGUGCUAGCUGAGCUCUGCGAAACUGUCGAUUUUGAUGUUGUGUUGCUGGAUGUUUAAUUCUAUUACAUGACAACAUGUAGAAUGG